GUAUGUAUGAUGUGUAUUCAUGUGUAGGCAGGGAAGGGAUGAAGUAUGAUGGGGCGGUGGUGCUGACCGAUAAUUAAGAAUAAUAAUUGUACAUUAAUGGAUUCAGGCCAGCGAUCUGCGAUAAGUGAUUACGGUGUUUGGAGAAGGCAGUGCCAGGUCUCUCAUUAACUCUCUGCCAGCCUGGUCCAAAGUUCACCAAACUUCCAUAGGCGGAGGACAGGCAGAGGUACGCCAGCGUCAAGUAUUGUACCGCGGGCUGAGACGGCGAGUGAUCUCUGGACACCAUCUUCCUGGGGUGAUAAUCUGAGUCCAAAAUGGCAACACAGCUGUUUGAAGGAAAGGAGCAUGCGUCUUAUUACCAAAAAUUCAGGUUUGAGCCAUCGCAAGAGAUAAUAGACCUUAUCUUCGGUUAUUUGGAGGAAAGGUUACCCAAACCGUAUGGAUUGGCCGUGGACGUUGGCUGUGGAACGGGGCAAAGCACAAGAAUUCUCGCUCCAUACUUCAAGAAAGUUCUUGGAACUGAUAUCAGUGAGGCUCAGAUAGAGGAGGCCAAGAAAGCAUCGGGGUCAUCCAAUGUCACAUACAGUGCCUGUCCAGCUGAAGAGGUGCCGGUCGGUGACGCCUCUGUCGAUCUACUAACAGCGUGUGCUGCUGUCCAUUGGUUUGACAUUGAGAAGUUUCUAAAAGAGGUCGAUCGGAUCUUAAAGCCACGAGGCUGCCUUGCUUUAUUCUCCUAUCUCCCCAGUAUGGAAGUUCACUACAAGGACCGCUCAGAACAGAUGACUCAAGUCUUUGCAGACGUGGAAGAUAUUCUGUCUCCAUAUCAGCAUGAGAAGGUUCACCAUGUGAAGACCGGAUACAAGGAAAUAUCUGAAGCCAUCCCUUACACCGACAAAAGAAGAAUAGAAAGUGUUGUGACCAAGAUCCGAGUGCCAUUGACAGGGCUGAUGGGUCUUAUUCAGACCUUCUCCAUGUUCCAGACGUAUCUUAGGACGGAGCCUGAGAAAGCAAAGGAAAUGAUAAGAACAGUAGAGGAAAGGUUCCUUCAGAUCAUGGGGACGUCCUCCACUGAAACGGAGGUUGAAGUUUGGCUACGAAACAUCCUCGUAUUGGCUUCUAAACCGCAGUGAAGCAAGGAUUUGGAAAACCAACGCUGAGACAUGGCAGGCGACCCCGCCGAUCAGUAUUUUACCAUAUCAGAAUUCGGAGACCCCAUUGAUCAGUAUUUACCUUAUCAGAGUUCUGUUAACGGUUUAAAUAUGUCAGAUUUUCAAAUGGAAAAAAUCUUGUGUAAUCCUCUCUAUAUAAAAUAAAACUAAAGAAAAAAAUGUAUACACCAAAUGUGACAAUGUAGCAAAAAGUCCAAAUAAAGAAAAAUAUUUCUAGAUGUAUAACUUUUCUAUCUUCUGUGAUCAUUUUCAACUAUUUCUGUUUAGGAAUCUCUCCAAGUAGCUCAGUCCCAUACACCAGUACUCACAAAAAACUCAGUAGAUCGGGGUCUCCAAACAUUUUAAAAAAAGGGCCAGUUUACUGUUCUUCAGAUCUAAGGGGGGCCGGUGGGCAUUGGG